AUGGUCGAGGACUUCAAAGAGAAAGUUGCUCAGGCCGAAGCCAAAGCUAAGAAAAGGCAGUCUGAGCUUGAGGCCAAGAUUCUGCGAUAUAGGAAUGAGCUAGAAGCUCAUAACGUGGAGCUUUAUGAGGCAAAGCUUAAUCUAGAAGCCAAAGAUGCCGAGCUUUUCCAAGCCAAAGAUGAGCUGAAUGAUGUCCGAAGCCAGCUGAAGGCUGGGAACAAAGGGGCUGCCAAGACUCAAGCUGACCUUGAGGCUGCCCGGAAGUUGUUAGAAGUCAAAAUCUACACCCAAGAUGAAUAUGACGAGGGUUUUGACAACGACUUCCAAAAAGCUCGGCGCUUUGCUUUCCAUGCUAAUCCCACCAUUAAUUGGGACGAAGCUGAGGAAUGGUCCAUGGAUCCUAAUGACUCGCAUCUGCAUAUGGCCCAUCCUACUGAGACUGCUUUUCUGGCUCGUCAGGUUGAAGCCAAAGCUCGAGCAGAGAAGGAAGCUGAAGAAAGGGAAAGAGAAGAAGCCAAGAAGAGAGAGUUUGAAAUGACUCUUACUCAGCCUGCCUCCUGUUCAGCUAGUGCUGAAGCAUCUAAGAGCCCAAGCACAACUGCUUAG